AUGUCUUGGUAUGUGGUCCUGGGUUCCGUCCGCCAACCCACGUCUUUUGGGCUGAGAUUACUGUUUUUACCGAUUGUUACCCCUGGCUUACAUAACCAAACUGCACCGUACCUGGGCUGGGCAGGUAUACCGCCAGGCCGUGGGCGGCGGGCUCGGGACGGCCGUCGGGCUAAACCGCACCGCUUACCAUACAUGGCAUAUGGCACAUGGCGCAUGCCCAUGUGCGACCUUUGGGGCUUAUUACCGGAAAGAGAAGUGGAGACUGUCGCGGAGAGGGCGGCGCAGCGUAGCUCAUGUCCCAUCUACGACGGUAGUUUCAGCGUGGUGGAGAUACAUGCGCUCACAGAAAGACUCGAGUGA